UUACAGGUGGUCCUGGAAUUAAACAGUGAAUUUAUUGUUGAGGUAAAAGAAUUAGACAUCGAAAAUGGCACCACAACAUGGCAAACCGUCAGAAGACAGAAGCGAGAAUGGAUCAAGUUUGCAGCUGCCUGCCGAGAAGGAGAAGACAACUCCAAGAGGAAUCCAAUUGCCAGAAUUCGAUCUGACUGUGAAGCAAACCAGAAGAUUACAUACCGCAUCUCUGGCGUAGGGAUUGACCGGCCACCAUAUGGGGUGUUCACCAUUAAUCCUCGUACGGGGGAAAUUAACAUUACCUCAGUGGUGGAUAGAGAGAUCACUCCACUUUUCUUGAUCUAUUGCCGGGCUUUAAAUGCACGAGGUGAAGACUUGGAAAGGCCUUUGGAGCUCAGAGUCAAAGUUAUGGAUAUAAAUGACAACCCUCCAGUUUUUACUCAAAAUGUGUACAUGGCCAGCAUUGAAGAAAACAGCGAUGCCAAUUCACUGGUGGUAAAGUUAAGUGCCACAGAUGCAGAUGAAGACAAUCAUCUGAAUUCCAAAAUUGCCUAUAAGAUCAUCUCUCAGGAGCCUGCAGGUGCACCAAUGUUCAUUCUCAACAGAUACACUGGAGAAGUUCGCACAAUGUCCAAUUUUCUGGACAGAGAGCAACACAGUAUGUACAACCUGCUUGUGAGGGGCUCAGAUCGGGACGGAGCUUCGGAUGGACUCUCUUCAGAGUGUGACUGCAGAAUCAAGGUGUUAGACGUCAACGACAAUUUUCCCAUCUUGGAGAAGACUUCAUAUUCCGCAAGCAUUGAAGAGAAUUGUUUAACUUCAGAACUGAUGCGAUUACAAGCAAUUGAUCUUGAUGAAGAAGGCAGUGAUAAUUGGUUGGCAAAGUAUUUAAUUCUCUCUGGAAAUGAUGGAGAAUGGUUUGAAAUUCAAACAGACCCAAAGACAAAUGAAGGCAUUUUGAAAGUCGUCAAGAUGCUGGAUUAUGAACAAGUACCUAAUGUUCAUCUUAGCAUUGGAGUGAAAAACCAAGCUGAUUUUCAUCACUCAGUGGCUUCUCAAUUUCGAAUGCAGUCAACCCCUGUGAGAAUUCAGGUUAUUAAUGUGAGAGAAGGACCCACCUUUCAUCCGAGUUCCAUGACAUUCAGUGUGCGAGAAGGAAAAACAGGAGAUUCCUUACUGAAUUAUGUGCUAGGCACAUAUACAGCCACAGACUUGGACACAGGAAAUCCUGCUACAAACGUCAGGUAUAUCAUAGGGCAUGAUGCAGGCAGCUGGCUAAAAAUUGAUUCAAGGACUGGUGAAAUACAAUUUUCUAGAGAAUUUGAUAAGAAGUCAAAAUAUAUUACCAAUGGGAUAUACACAGCAGAGAUUCUGGCUAUAGAUGAUGGCUCUGGGAAAACAGCUACAGGAACCAUAUGUGUCGAGAUUCCUGAUGCCAAUGAUUACUGCCCAGUGAUUUUGGCUGAAAGAAGAACCCUCUGCACUUCCUCAGCAUCCGUCCUCAUCUACGUCAAUGAUCGUUCUUAUGGGUCUCCCUUUACCUUUUGUGUUGUUGAUGAGCCACCAGGAACUGCUGAGCUCUGGGAUAUCAGAUCAAUAAACAGUACCUCUGCAAUCCUCAUGACUGAGCAGCUUUUAUCUCCGGGGCCUUUCCAAAUCCCAAUCCUUGUGAAGGACAACUACAACAGAGCUUGCGAAUUGCCACAGUAUAUACAGUUCAUUGCCUGUGAUUGUGAUGACAACCUGUGUGUGCUCUCUAGUACCACGGGCAUCUACGGUGAAGAUACCAGCUUAGUAACUAACAACAUGGACAUAUAUGACGAUGAGGAUCGACUGGGGGCUUCCAACGUUGGCAUGGGACCAGCAGGGAUCGGCAUGAUGUCUAUGGGCAUCUUACUACUGCUGUGUUCACCACUCUUGCUGCUUAUGUGUUGCUGCUGCAAACGAAGGCAGCCAGAAGGGCUGGGGACGAGGUUUGCUCCUGUGCCUGAAGGAGGAGAAGGUGUGAUGCAGUCUUGGAGAAUAGAAGGGGCCCAACCCGAGGACAGGGAUGUGGCAAAUAUAUGUGUCCCCGUGACAGCCUCUAACACUCAGGAUCGCAUUGAUUCGUCUGAGAUCUACAACAACACCUAUGCAGGUGGAGGAACGGUAGAAGGAGGUGUAUCAGGAGUGGAACUCAACACAGGUCUUGGGACGGCUGCUGGCCUCGUGGCUGGAGGGGCGGUAGGAGCUGGCCUAGUGGCUGGAGGGACAAUGGGAACCAUGAGAAAGAGGAGCUCCACCAUGGGAACCCUGCGGGAAUACGCAGACACUGGCAUGAACAUGGCUUUCCUGGACAGCUACUUCACAGAGAAAGCAUACGCUUAUGCGGAUGAAGAUGAAGGUCGACCCGCCAAUGACUGCUUGCUUAUAUAUGACCACGAAGGAGUAGGGUCUCCCGUGGGCUCCAUUGGUUGUUGCAGUUGGAUUGUGGAUGACUUAGAUGAAAGCUACAUUGAAACUUUAGAUCCCAAAUUUAGGACCCUGGCUGAAAUCUGCUUAGACACUGAAAUUGAACCAUUUCCUUCCCAUCAGGCCUGCAUACCCAUUAGUACUGAUCUUCCUUUGUUGGGACCAAAUUACUUUGUCAAUGAUUCUUCAGGAAUGACUCUCUCUGAGGCAGAAUUUCAAGCAGAAAUGGCAACAUCUGAACCUCUGAUCCAUGGGGACAUCAUAGUGACUGAGACUUAUACUACUGCUGAUCCAUGUGUACAACCCACAACAAUUGUUUUUGAUCCUCAGCUUGCACCCAAUGUGGUAGUAACUGAAACAGUAAUGGCACCCAUAUAUGAUGUUCAAGGGAAUAUUUGUGUGCCUGCUGAGCUAGCCAACACACACAAUGUGUACUAUGCUGAGAGAGUUCUGUCUAGCCCUGGAGUGGCAGACAUGAGCAAUAGUAGCGUGGCUGAUGGGACCUGCAGUAUGGGACCUGUAGUGAGUGGUAGUAUUUUAGUGGGGCCAGAAAUUCAAGUGACCCAGGUAGUAAGUCCAGACAUUCAUAUAAGCCAAAGCAUUGGUUCCUCAUCACCAAUGACACCCCGACGCAGAGUAACACGAUAUAGUAACAUACAUUAUUCCCAACAAUAA